UCCAGGAGGGAUGGGGUGGAUCCCUUGGUGUGAGUGAUCCAGCAAGGGUGCAGUUCAGAUCUGCCAGCUUUCUGGAGCACGCUGGGAGUCGUCGGACUCUUUUCUGCUGAAGCAGAAGUCCUCCCUGCUUGGGGGCAGUCUAUCUGCAGGUUGCCAGAUGCUUUGGAGAAACGCUAGGAAAGGUGCGCUGCAUUUGUGCAACCUAAAACACCACGGUGUCUUGUUGGGUCGCCUGAAUGUAGCCGGAGUGGCUUGAACCUGCACUGGCUGGGUUCAGACGACAGAGCAAGCCACCCGACUCAUCGCUGUUGUGUGAGCCCGGUCAUGCGCCCAUCUGUGCUGAGGAAGUGCAGCUGAUCUCUCAGGAACUGGAAGCUGGACUUCCUGGCCUCUUGGCCCGAGUUCUUAAGGUGGUUGAUGUUAGUUGCAAAGUCGCGUCCGACCCAUCGCAACCCCACGGACAACAUUCCUCCGGGCCUUCCUGUCCUUUAAUGUCCGAAAAAAUGAUUCCCGUGGCACACGCGCCCUUCCCACGGUGCCAGAGAAUGGCAAAAGGAGCUGCUGGACCUUCUCAAGGCCAGAUAAGGAUGAGUUCUGUGUCCUUUUUGCAGAGGGAGACGUAUUCUGCAUUUUUGUGUAUGCACACCAAGUACCCGGUGUUAAAUCAUCCAGGAUCUUGUGAGACUCUUUGUAACAUUUUUAUAAACGACUGUUCUACUCUUCUUGUGCAGACCGUCCCUGCUUCCCUGCGCCAAGGCCAUCAUUCUGCUGCACUGGUUGCUUACGUUAUGGGGCUGCAUGGUGAAUUGGUUACCCAGUUCCUACGCCUGGGGAAACUUCACUUCACUCGCACUGGGCGUCUGGGCGGUUGCCCAGAGAGACUCCAUCGAUGCUAUUCUCAUGGCAUCCUCCAAGUCGGCCAUGACCGCAGCUCCUACCAGCCCAUCGACACGCCCGAGCCCCCACGGCCGUACCCAGAUGUGGCAAGCAAGGCUGGGCCUCCCCGCCCUUACUGAGGGUCCCUCUCACUGCCGAGACAGCAAGACCACCAGUCUCUCUCCUUUUGGAGUCCAGGGCUUGGGAUUCAAAGCCCCGUGCCCUCCAUUUGGUCACGGAAGCACAGCUUUGAAGCGUCUCUGAGAGAAUCCGGAAGUUCAGGUGCCCUCUUCUCAGGAACGCCUCGGGGGGCUGAGACCUUCCCACUGUUCCCCCACCGCAAAUCUGGAGCCUUCUCAAAUCUUCUGGGAGAAUGCGCCACUGUUGAGCUUUCCCCUCCAAGACGGUUACCUGUGCCGCUCCAGUCACUUUCUUUUACUUUCUGCUUUUCCCAAGCUGAACCUCUGGUCAUUUCAAACACCCUGCGCCUCUUGAAUGAUCAAACCUGCAAAUUUAUCAGCUCCCUAAAAAAGAGGUUCUGGGGGAUACUUCAGACGUGGACCGCAAAGGUGCCCCGCACACCAAGCCUCGCUCCUGGAGACUUUAUGCCACUGCUGGAAUCGUUUGAGGAAGAGCUGGCUGCUGGCAGGAGCUGCCUAAGAUCAACACACCCUUCUCCCCUACCGUUGCCAAAACCUGAGCCAUUCUCUGCCAAUGCUUUGCUCUUGCACACUUUCAGGGGUCGGCCGGGGUGCCAAAUCUUUCAGCUCAUACAUGUACGUCGUGCCUUCAAAUAUACAGCCUUUGCAGCCGAGUUUCUUUAGCAGAAGAAGAUGUUUAAUAAAAUGUUUCACACA